GUUAUUUCGACGCCCACGCUUUCGCCCUGGACUUCCUGUCUCUGGGCUUCAGGGAGUGCGUGACUGAGGUUUCCCGCUACCUGAGCGCUGUGGAGGGGCUCGACUCCGGCGACCCACUGCGCUCCCGCCUUCUCUCCCACCUCGCCUCCUGUGCCUCCCAGCGUGACGCCGCCGCCCUUACAACUGCCUCCCAUUCGUCACACCACCCCCACCCCCAGCAGCCCCACCCCCUGCCUCACCCGUUCCACCACCCGCACCAUUGGGCGGCUGCUUUGGCCGCAUUUCGUCCUUUGCCCUACAGACUUAGCGGGCUGGUUUCUCCGGACGUUGGAGGAGGCGGAGGCUCCCAGCGCGGUGUUGUCUCCUCCUCAUUUUCUUCCCAUGCAGACUCCACCUCCUCCUCGCCUUCUUCCUCCUCUUCCUCAUCCCUCGUGCUCCCCUGCACCCCCACCCCUCUCUCCGCCUCCCUGCUUUCCCUCUCAGCGUCGUUUCCCAUCGCCCUCCACGGAGGCAUUCCCAUCCUCCCUCACUCCUCCUUCACCUCCUCUGCUGCCAGUCCCCCCGUCUCCUCCUCCUCUUCCUCGCAGACUCCACACAGCAGCAGCAGUAAACCCUACAGGCCGUGGGGAACCGAGGUCGGAGCUUUCUGACUGUGUGCUGCUCACUAACCUCUGCUGACAGUUUAACAGCCUGGAAAUGUUUGAGCUCCACGGCUGGUGUUAGCAUCUCGUUAUUAACUUCUUGUGGAUGUUUGUGACUGACUUCCACCUGCUGCUUUCACACACUGGCUCGAAUUCAGAACAGGAACGUGUGGUUUGUCUCCUCUGAGCAUAGUUUUCAUGUUUCAGCUGCUUCAAACUCACAAAAACUUUGUUGUUUAACCGAGAUAAGUCAGGUUAAAUAUUGUUUAUUACUAAUUUACCUCAACCCCACAUAUACAAUGCUACUUGCCCAAAUGCUCACUAAAAGUUGAGAUGUGAAUGCGUCUGCCACUGAAAAUAGGUCCCAACAGAUGCCCA